UGACGGAUGAAGCUGUAGUCCGGCUUAAAGAGCAAACUUCUUGAGUGGAUGAUAAAUGCUCCGUGUUAAAUAAUUCCAAAACACUAUGGUUGUGUUGUAGUCUGUAGAUGGACAGGAGCUCUCAGAGGUGACAGAAGUUCCAGGCACCUGAGCGAAUGACGUGCAGAUCAUAGCGCCACCAUCUUCGGGGGAGGACGUCCAGAGCUCCAGAUUCUCAACCAGAACCAGUCUUCAGUCAUUAUUCACGCUUCAAUCAUGAUUGGAGACAUUCCCUACCAGCACCGAAUUUGACGAAUCCGACUAUCUACUUAGUCGCUAUCUAAGCCCUAUACUCUGUACCAUCAUCUAAUCUGUCUUUGUUCAAGCCGGACUAGUCAUUAUUCCAACAACACAUUUCUUUAUUGUCUAUCCUGGAGAGCCACUCAACAACGUAUCUACCACAUUGAAUCACAGGUAGCUAUCGUCUUCUGUCAGCAUCAUGCCCCGACCAAAGCGUGCCGGCGGCGAAUUCCACCGCGCCUAUGACGAGUUCAAAUCCUCCCAGCCCACCGCGAAGAAGCCGCGCUUCGACGCGCGCAACCCAUCCGUUCUCGCUGCGCACGCCGACGACGAAGACGCCAUCCUCGAACUCGACGAAAUCGGCCGGGGCGGGCAGCCCAAGCGGAACGCCGUGAACAUCGACGGCUACGAGUCGGAUAGCUCGAACGACAAUUUCGACGCGCGCGCCGACGCGAAGGCGAAGCGGGAGAAGGACGCAAAAAAAAACGCCGAGGUCGAGGAGGAUCUGUUCGCAGAGUCGGAGAAGGAGGAGGAGGAGGAAGAGGAGGGGGAAGACGACUUCAGUCGUGCCGCGAAGAAGAGGGAUAAGACUGUGCGAUUUCUGGACCCGCAGGCCAUCCAGGGCCAGGUCGCGGACAGCAAGUCGGGCGGGCAUGUCUCUGCGGAUUUUCUCCUUAGUGGAAAAGGAAAGGAGCGGGUCAAGGACGUUGAGAGCAGCAGUGAGAGUGGGAGCGAUGAGGAGCGGGACCGCGUCGGGAGCGAGGUGGAUGAGGAGCUCGGAGCCGGGUCGAAGAAGAAGCACGCGCCACGCCUGGAGGCAUUCAACAUGAAGGAGGAGGCGGAAGAGGGGAAAUUCGACGCGAACGGCGCCUUCAUUCGCAACGCCGUGGACCCAAACGCGGUUCACGACUCCUGGCUGGAGGGACUCUCGAAACGGGACAUGAAACGGGCACGGGAGGCACAGGAGAAGCGCGACGAAGAUCGACGGCGGCGGGAUAGGGAAGACGAUGCGGUCCCUACGAGCGACAUCCUGGCGCGACUGAUCCGUUACCUACAACCAGUGGAGACCAUCUUGGAAGCGCUGCAGCGGUUGGGGAAGGGCAAGGGGAAGCAGAAGCCGAAAUGGCAGAAGAAGCAGAGGAAUGGCAAUGCUAUGGACGUUGACGAAGGGGCUGAAGAAGAGGAUCCGGCGGAGACACAGCGAAAGCAAGCCGUCGAAGCCAUCACCGCCGCCGCCGACCAGCUCCUCACUCGAGGGCAGCUAGAGAUCUACGAUGCAGAACGCGAACUAUUGAUCCGGCAGUAUCAGAGGGAGACGGGAGAGCCGUGGGUCGAGCCGACCACUUCAUCCGCGCCGAACGGCCCCGAUCAAGCUGCGCAGUGGGAGUAUCGGUGGUCAGACGGACGAGAGGACGGAGCGAGGCAUGGGCCUUACGAUGCAGCGACCAUGAAAGCGUGGAGUGACGCCGGGUACUUUGGGGAAGGGGUGGAAUUCAGGAGGGUGGGGUAUUCGGAGUGGAGCCGGUUGGUGGACUUUGUGUGAAAGGACUCACCGUCGAGGUCCUGGACUACGCUUGGCCUUGUUUAUUCUGAGUGUACGAGGGAAAUUUCCUUACCUUGAAGCGAUUGAAUGCCCUUCUCUGUGUGAGGUAUCACAUCGGAGCUUUGGCGAGGCAUCUCGCUCCCCUGGCAUCGCCAAAAACAGGGGCC